CUGCACGUUUAACUAGCUUAAAAUAUAGUCUAGACUUGAAAAAAAUAAUAAAAAGUAACAAUUACAUCAUCGCGGCUACUGUUGUAUUAAAAUUAAGUCUAAAUUGAAAGUUUGAGUCACUAAUUAUUGAGAACUAAAUUAAAUUUAACACCGCAGUGAAUGCAGCCACAGGUGACGCGAGUAUCCGAACGCACCAGAUGGCGCAGUGUAUCCGAGAUGUUAUUACAUGAAUGGGGCGUGUGAGUGCUUGUGACAUAAAAUUGUGUUUUGUGAUUAUUUAAACCCUAAUGGAGACUAAAAACAGUAUAACUGCGAUGUGAGAGAGACAGCAACACGCCAAACAAGUGCCUUACGUAAAGCCAACGAAACGGUGCCUUUAUUGUUAGAAACGUAUUUAUAACGAACGAAACGCGAACGAAGAUAUUUUUGUAUUUGAUUGAUUCAAACCCGGACCCAGCACCGCAAGCAUCGCCGCGCGCGUGACGCAGCCUGCGCGAGCGCAUCGAGCACGCGCUUCAAGACAACUGGAGACGGUUGACUCAUCCAAACGGGCAACCUCGUGAGCGUCUCCGCUCGUUCAGCCAACCGAGAAGACGACGGCCCAGCGCGCGCUCUCUAGACCUAGAGCCCACCAGCAGAGAAUCCAGCCCCGAACGAGACCCUGGACGUACUGCUACUAUAAGCAGAGCCUACUCCUUAACCAAGAUGGCGACGCUCUCACUGAAGAUAUCGCUCGAAGGCGGCAAGGUGGUCAAGACCAUACAGUUCGACCCGUCCACCACCAUCUACGAUGCCUGCCGCAUCAUCAGAGAGAAGAUCCUGGAAGCCAGCUCCAGUGACCCGAAAGAAUACGGGCUGUUCCUCGCGUCAGAAGAGGACCACAAGAAGGGAAUCUGGCUCGAAGCGUCACGCAGCCUUGACUACUAUAUGCUGCGCAAUGGAGACAUCCUCGAAUAUUGCAGGAAGACCAGAAACCUGCGUGUACGCAUGUUGGAUGGUUCCGUGAAGACGCUCCUGGUGGACGACAGCCAGAUCGUCGCCAACCUAAUGGUGGUAAUUUGCACCAAGAUUGGCAUCACCAACUACGACGAAUAUGGCCUGGUCCGCGAAGAGCUGAAAGAGGAACCUGAUCCCUGCGAGAAGCCCAACUUCGGGACCCUGACCUUGAAGAGGAAACACCAGGACAAGGAGCGGGACGCCAAGAUGGACCAGCUCAGGAAGAAGCUCAGGACUGAUGAUGAAGUGAACUGGGUAGAACCAGCCAAGACCCUCCGCGAGCAAGGCAUCGACGUCACCGAGACCCUGCUCCUGCGACGCAAGCUGUUCUUCUCCGACAGAAACGUGGACUCUAGAGACCCCGUCCAACUGAACCUUCUGUAUGUCCAAGCGAGAGACGCUAUUUUGGAUGGGACUCACCCCAUCACUCAAGAUAAAGCGUGCGAGUUCGCCGGCAUACAGUGUCAGAUCCAGUUUGGUGACCACAAGGAGGACAAACAUACCACGGGAUUCUUAGAUCUGAAGGAAUUCCUCCCCGGCUCCUACGUGAAAGUGAAAGGCGUCGAAAAGAAAGUGUUCAAAGAGCACAAACGCCACGCCGGUCUGUCCGAGUUGGAGGCCAAAGUUCUGUACACCAAGAACGCCAGGGACCUGCCUACUUACGGCGUCGCGUUCUUCCUUGUCAAGGAGAAAAUGAAGGGCAAGAACAAGCUGGUCCCCCGUCUCCUGGGCGUGACCAAGGACUCCGUGCUCCGUCUGGACGAGAAGACCAAGGAGAUCCUGCAGACCUGGCCUCUGACUACCGUGCGACGCUGGUGUGCCAGUCCCAACACCUUCACCCUGGACUUCGGCGACUACAGCGACCAAUACUACUCCGUCCAGACGACGGAGGCGGAGCAGAUCCUGCAGGUGAUCGCGGGCUACAUCGACAUCAUCGUGCGCAAGCGCCGCGCGCGCGACCACCUAGGGAUCGAGGGCGAUGAGGGCUCCGCCAUGCUUGAAGACUCCGUGUCGCCUUCCAAGGCUAACAUCAUUCAGCACGAUACAUUUAAGUCGGGCAAAGUGAACACCGAGUCGGUGGCCAAGCCGGCUGUCAUGAGGCCCGGAGCUGAAGGCGCGAAGUCGUUCGCAGUGGGGCACAUGACGGGCGCGCAGCAGACCACGGUGUCGGGGCAAGUCAUCACGGGGCACACGCCGCCCGCUGCCUCGCAAGUACAGCAAACUCGCGUUACUUCAAUAAUGAGCGAACCGCAGAGGGCGCUACUGUCCACCAUCACCACCGGACGAGAGCUCAUCAAGCAUACUGAGGAGCGACUCAGCAGGGCAACCCUGCCAUCUCUCGGCCAAGAUGCAGCCUCGGUCAAAUGGAAGCAAGUAACCAUGGACACCAGCAAGCAAGUUGUGACGUCACAGAUCGCAGCUAUGAACGCCGCCACCGCACAAGUCGUCACACUCACGUCAGGUUCGACGGAGGAAGUGGACCACACCGCGGUGGGAGCGGCCAUCACCACUAUCACCAGCAACCUGCCCGAGAUGACCAAGGGCGUCCAAAUGAUCGCCGCUCUAAUGGAGGACGACGACAACGGUGACCGUCUUCUCGACGCCACCAGAAAGCUCUGCUCCGCGUUCAGUGACCUGCUGAAGGCUGCCGAACCUGAGACCAAGGAGCCGCGCCAGAGCUUGCUGAACGCGGCCUCCCGCGUCGGAGAAGCUUCAACCUCGGUGCUCCACACCAUCGGCGAGGACUCGGAGCUCGACAAGGAGACGCAGGACAUCCUCCUAUCGCUCGCUAAGGCCGUGGCCAACACGACAGCGGCCUUAGUCCUGAAGGCCAAGAACGUGGCCGCUCAGUGCCGCGACGACCAGCCGCUGCAGAAUAGCAUCAUUGCCGCCGCGACGCACUGCGCGCUCGCUACCAGCCAACUCGUCGCCUGCGCUAAAGUGGUAGCCCCAACUCUCCACAACCCGCAGUGCCGCGAGCAGCUCACCUCAGCCGCGCGACUGGUCGCCCGAGCGGUCGAGAGACUGGUCGACAGCUGCCGCGCGGCAGAGUCCGCCGCGCCGCAGAACGUGGACCAACUCAUGGCGGCCGCUAGACGCGUUUCUGAGGAGUUGGAGCGACUGUUGCAGCACUGUCAUACUGAUCGCCGAGCCCAACCCAGCGUGACGGAGCGCUCUGUGGAAACCGUGAUGACGGCCAGCGAACGUGUUGUCGAAGCCCACGAUCCUGCCGAGAUGGUCCGCCAGGCGCGUUUGCUUGGACAGGCGACUGCCCAUCUUAUCACCAACAUCAAGACGGAAGCGGAGAAGCAACCUUCUGACGCCCAGCGCAAGCUGCUCGCGGCCGCUAAGCUGCUGGCCGACGCCACCGCGAGGAUGGUGGAGGCCGCUCGCCAGUGUGCCACCUCACCACAGGACCGCGAGAAACAAGAGAACCUCCGCAAGGCCGCCGAAGAACUACGCUACAUCACGGUCGAUUACGCCCAAGGGCAAGACAUUGUCAGCUCGCAAAUGGCUCGCCUGCAGGAAACCGCCCGGCACGCCGCCUCGAGCGCCACACAGCUCAUCACGUCCGCUCAUAACGCGGCGCAGCACAACACCAACAAAUACUCGCAGGAAUCUCUUAUGCAAGAGUGCGAAGUGCUAUCCGAGCACAUCCCUCGCGUAGUCGACGCGGUGCAAGUUGCAGAACGCCGUCCGGACCACGCCGCUGCGAGAUUGGACCUUAUUGCCAGUGCUGACGCCUUCUUACAGCCGAGCGGGCAUGUGCUACAAGCGGCGCGCGCCGCGCUGCCGAGCGUGGCGGACGCGCCCACCGCCAAGCACCUCGCGCACACGACGCAGCAGCUCACCGCCAGCUGUGCUGACCUCAGGUCUGCCGUGAGCCGUGCCCGUAUCUCAUGCAAGGGUCUGGAACUGGACGCAGCUGCUGAAAUCAUCCGCUCUUUGCAAGACGAACUGGACGAACUUGACGAAGCCGCGAGGGCUUUCGAUUUGAAACCUUUGCCAGGACAAAGUGCCGAGUGGGCGCGCUCCACCAUGGCGUCGGCCUCGCGCGCCGCCGCCGGCUCCACCGCGCAGCUCGUGUCCGCGGCGCGCCGCCAGGACCCGCCGGGCUGCGGCGAGGCCGCCGCCGGCCUGUCCGCCGCUCUGCGCCAGUGGACGGGCGGCGUCAGAGCCGCCGCGCAUGCUGACGCUGAACACACGCCCAGACUGACGUCCACUGGGCGCGAAGUACUCUAUUCCUCGCUGACGCUGGUGGAAACUGUGAAGACAUAUCUGUCCACCUCGGAACGUGUUGACAUCUCCACUAUAGUCUCCGUCGCUAAAGAUGUUACUCAGAAUCUGGACACGAGCCUGGAGGCGGUGCCUUCUCACUCGGAGCUACACGCGGCCAUGGUGAACAUCAAUGAAACGCUCAAUAUCCUCAACAUGGGCGAAUUCCCGCCCAGCGACCGUAGCUAUGGUGAACUCCAAUCCGAACUGAACGCAGCCGCCGUAGGCCUCAACUCGGCCUCAUCAGAAGUCGUACAAGGAAUCGAGUCCCCAUCGGCGCUCGCUGAUAACUCGAGGCAUUUCGGAGACGCUUUCAACCGCCUGCUGGGCGUCGGUAUGGAGAUGGCGGGACAGACUGAGGAUCGCGAGACCCAAACCCUGAUGGUGAACUCCAUGAAAUCCGUGACCAUCAACUCUUCGAAGCUGCUGACGGUCGCCAAGUCUGUCAGCCAGGACUUGACGCGCCCUAACGCUAAAAACCAGCUCGCUGCUGCCGCGAGAGCUGUUACAGAAAGCAUCAAUAGACUGGUGGACGUGUGCACUGAAGCGGCCCCCGGGCAGAAGGAGUGCGCGGCCGCCAUCCGCAGCAUCGAGGGCUCCCGCGUGCUGCUCGACGCACCCUCGCAGCCCGUCAGCGAGCUCAGCUACUUCGCCAACGUCGACGCCUGCGUAGGACACAGCAAGGCUCUUAGCGAGGGCAUGUCAAGCAUGGCGACGUCAGUGAAGCGCUCGGAAUACGCGCAGUUCUGUCGCGCCGUGCGCAACGUGGCCGACGCAGUCCUAGGACUGGUGGAUUGCACCGCUCAGGCUGCUUAUUGGGUGGCUGUAUCGGAUUCAACAUCAGUGGCCGGCCGACCAGGAUUGGUGGACCAGGCGCAGUUCGCACGCGCAGCAGUGGCCAUCGAGCAGGCCUGCCAAGCUCUGGCUGAUCCAACUAGCGAUCAACAACAGGUGUUAUCCGCCGCCACAGUGAUCGCCAAGCACACCAGCGCCCUCUGCAACGCGUGCCGCGUCGCCUCCGGAAAGACCACCGAGCCGCAAGCUAAACGACACUUCGUUCAAGCGGCUAAGGAUGUGGCCAACUCUACAGCGGCGUUGGUUAAGGAGAUUAAGGCCCUGGACAGCGAUUAUAGCGAGUGUAACCGCGCCCGCUGCGCCGCCGCCACCGGGCCGCUGCAGGAGGCCGUGCGCAGCCUGUGCCAGUUCGCGGACAGCCCGCAGUUCAGCUCCGUGCCGGCGCGCAUCUCGCCGCAAGCCAGGCAGAGCCAGCAGUCUAUACUUGAAAGCGGCAGGAGCAUCAUCUCAGCUUCAUGCUCGAUGCUGGAGUCAGCCAAGGCUCUCGCGGUGACACCAGAAGCUCGCCCUCAGUGGCAGGCGUUGGCUACGCACAGCAAAACCGUGUCAGACAGUAUCAAGAGUCUGCUCGGUGAUAUCAGAGAGAAAGCCCCGGGACAGAGGGAGUGCGCGGCCGCGCUCGAGACCCUCGGCAGACAACGUCGCGCCCUCGACCAAGCUGCUCUACAAGCCGUAGCUCAAGAGCUGCCUCAGAUGAAGACCGACUCGCUGCAAGGUUACCUGGAGCAAAUCGAGAACAGCACGACUGAAAUGCUGGAACGCAUCGAGCCGGUCCGAGUCGCGGCGAAGGGGGAGGCGGAGAACCUCGGACACUCGGUUGUACAACUGGUAUCAUACUGCGAGCCACUCGUCUCGGCCACCAUCGGCGCAGCCUCCAACAUGACGUCAUCAUCAUCAUCAGGCGAGCUGAUAGAGCACGCUCGGACUGUGCUGGAAACUCUGGCUUUAGUCACACACGCCGCUAGCCAGGCUGCCGGAAAUCCUACUGCCAUCACCGCGCACCGCAACGUGGACCAGCAGAGCCAGCUCUGCCGCUCUGCACUUACUGAACUUCUAGAAUGUGCUAGAACGCUGAGCACAGAACGCGGCGCCGUCGGGCCUCUACUGGACUCGCUGCAGCGCUCUGUCUGCAAGCUUACUCCUAGCAGACUAUCGCUGGUGGGGUCGUUCGACGAGACGGACUCGUUCGUCGACUACCAGACGAGGAUGGUCGGCACCGCCAAGGAGAUCGCCCGCCUUGCCACUGACAUGACGGCGAAGGCGGCGACGGACGCCAGCCGGCUGGUGGUGCUCGGGAACGAGCUGUGCGUCAAGUACGAACAGCUCGCGCAGGACAGCGUGGGCGCCUCGGCCACCACGCCCAACGCCGAUGUCGCCAACAGCAUCCGCGUAGCCGUUGUGGAGCUAGGCGAAGCGGCCGCCGAGCUCAUAAAGGCGGGCGGGGCGUGUCGCCUCAACUCCAACACCGACGCCCGCCGCCUCGUCGCGGACUGCUCUCGCCGCGUUAGCGAAAAGGUGGUGUCAGUACUGGCCGCCCUGCAGGCCGGGUCGCGCGGCACGCAAGCCUGCAUCGACGCUGCCGCUACCAUCGCAGCCAUCAUACAGGACCUGGACACCACCAUCCUGUUCGCUAGCGCAGGCACUCUCCACUCUGAGAAGGAAAACGACACGUUCUCCGACCACCGCGAGAACAUCCUCAAGACAGCCAAGACGCUGGUCGAAGACACCAAGACCCUCGUCGGGGGAGCAGCUGGCACCCAGGAACAGCUCGCUCAUGCUGCGCAGAACUCUGUUACUACCAUUGUGCAACUAUGCGAAGUGGUGAAGCAAGGCGCCAUGUCCCUCGGCUCCCACUCUCCGGAGCCCCAGGUCUUACUCCUGCACGCCGCCCGAGACGUGUGCGCGGCCUUGAGGGACUUGGCUGCAGCCACCACAGCGGCCAGCGGCAAACAACUCAAACACCCCGACUGCGAACGGCUCAAACAUGCUGCCAAGCGGCUGUCGGACAAGCGCCGGAGCCUGCCCACCCCGCGCCGACGCGACUACAACUCGGCCGACUCCGAAACCGAUCUCUUCCAGUCAGACCAAGAAGACGAACUUAUCAAGCUGCUAGACUAUUCCAGUCAGGAUGACGACGUAUCCCCGUCCGUCUUCCACGAUAACUGCGAGGAAAUCAUCGCGUAUAUAGAAAGAUUCAUGAAAAACCCUGAGAAAAGGAAAGUCGAUGACGAUCUUAAUAUUAGGUAUAAUUUGGCGGCGAAAAAUAGCUUGUUAGAUAUGGAUUGGAGAGUAUUGAAGUAUGGAGAAAAUAUACUCCUCGGUGAAGUAAAGACGUUAGUAGAUCUGUUUAUAGAUUAUAAUGAAAGAGCGGAAAAUAAGCGUAAGAGGGCGAUGAUUCAGAGAUUGAAAGCGAAUGAUGAUCUUGAUAAAGAAAUGAAGAGGCUAUCACAAGUUAUUGAAGACAUGGACUCUGAAGUAGAGGAUGUUAAAGAAGUAACAAAGACGAUAAGAUCUAUACAGACUUUCCCUAGAUCUAAUAAAGUAGAAAGACUGAAGAGCCCAAUAUUUAAGGUUACGAAAGUUAAACCAGUCAGUUUAGAAAGUAAAAGUCCUAGUCCAGAUAAAAACGUUCAAGUCAAAAGUCCUAGUCCAGAGAAAAACGUGGAAGUUAAAAGUCCUAGUCCGGAAAAACAAAAUGGCUUCACAGAAAUCACUGUAGCCCCGGAAAUUGUUGCUAAAGAUGUCAAAGUGAUCUUCCAAGAGAUGUUGAACGAUGAUUCUGAAUGGUGGAAGGCUAUAGCUAAAAAGAAUUUAGAUAAAAUGGAAGAAACUAGGAAGGAAUUGGAAAGAUUUAGCGGACAUGAAUUAGUACUAGGUGACUUCCAAAAUGAGAUAGACAAGUAUGAGAAUGAGAAGAAAACGUUACAGACGUUUAUCGAUGAUGUCGAUAAAUCGAAAGCUGUAAAUAAAGAUUUGGAAUAUGAUAAGAAAUAUGAAGAUAUGGUUUUGAAACUAAUAGAAUUUGCGAAGAAAGAUUUCAUUUAUAAAGGUUUUGAUCCAUUAAUCGAACAGCUAAAAGCCCUUUCUAAUAUACAGAUAGAAGCUCGUAAAAAGAAAGUUAACAUUCAAGACAUUGUUAAUAUUUAUACGCAAAUUGAUAUAUCUAAAUAUACAUAUGAGGAGCUCUGUCUGUUGGAAAGAUACUACAAAGAAAUCAUCCGCAAAUAUAAAGAAGAAACCUAUGAUAAAGAAAAUAUUAAAAGAGACGAUAGAUCACCUAGCUUAUGUAGAGAUGAAACCCAGUCAGCGCCACCAACUUUCCAUAGAAACGUCAUUUUAAAUGUCCAUUCAAGCCAGAACCUAACUAAAAACAUAAACCACUACGGCAGCACAAUAAUAACCAACGGAGUCUCCGUCUCAGGUCUAAAACGUUCUAAAAUCAAUAGCAACAACUCCAAAAAUAGUCUAGAAAUCUUCGACCUAACUAGGACUUACCCAGAAGAAUAUUACGCCAAUAACUGGUGGUCGAUUUACGAAGACAUUCUCAAAAAUAGAGAGCACCAGUUCGGUUCUAUCGAUAACUGGUGGAAUUUCUACGAAGCUAUCUUAAAUAAGAAAGACACGUCUGAUGAGGAGCUAAAGAAAAUCCGCGCAGUAGUGAAAUACAGGAAUAGUCUAAGAAGUGUAAGGAAGCCAAGUAGCAGGAUGGAAGAGCAACUUAAGAUGCUGGAAGACGUGAAGAGGCAGUCAUUCACGGAGACGGAGGACGUGGCGACGGAUAACAAAGAAUCGGUGAUGGUGACCAACGUGACGUCACUACUUAAAACAGUCAAGGCCGUUGAAGACGAGCACACGCGAGGAACCAGGGCGCUUGAGAGCACCAUUGAGGCUAUCUCGCAGGCGAUUGAGAUCCUCAUGAACCCGACACCACCUAAAACCACAGCUACACCAGAAGAACUAAUCCGCUGCACGCGCCAGAUGACCGUCAGCACAGCGAAGGCGGUCUCAGCCGGGAACAGUAACAAGCAGGACCAGUUGACUGCCGCUGCUAAUUUGGGAAGGAAGACUGUUGUGGACCUGCUAGCUGCUUGCAAGGCGGCAGCAUUCACAGCGGAGACCGACGAGCUGCGCAUACGCACCAUCGAGUCCGGUCGGGAAGCGGCGCUGGCUUACCGAGCGUUGCUCCAAGCCGUACUCAGCGGCAACGGCAAGCGACAGUUGCCUGACUUGUCGCGACGCGUCGCCGCCGCUGUUGCUGAUAUUAUCGCCGCUGCGGAUCUGCUUAAAGGCUCAGACUGGGUGGACCCCGACGACCCGACCAUCAUCGCGGAGAACGAGCUGCUGGGAGCGGCCGCCUCCAUCGACGCCGCCGCCAGGAAACUAGACUCGCUGCGUCCGAGGAAGACCAUGAAAGUACAGGAGGCAGACGAGAGCCUGAACUUCGACGAGAUGAUCCUGGAGGCCGCCAAAUCCAUCAUCGCAGCCACGUCUGCACUGGUCCGAGCCGCGUCUGCUGCGCAGAGAGAACUCAUCGAUCAGGGCAAGGUGGCCCGGCGGCCGACGUCGUCCUCCGACGACGGGCAGUGGUCGGAGGGGCUGAUCUCCGCGGCGCGCCUCGUGGCCGCCGCCGCGCACUCGCUGGUGGAGGCGGCCAACGCGCUCGUGCAGGGCGCCGGCUCUGAAGAACGACUCAUAUCUAGUGCGAGACAGGUGGCUUCGUCUACUGCUCAACUGUUGGUCGCUUGCAAGGUGAAAGCGGACCCGUCAUCAGAAUCCACCCGCCGCCUCCAAGCUGCCGGGGCUGAAGUCAUCCGCUCCACCGACAACCUCGUACGAGCCGCCAGAGACGCCAUGCAUUGCGAGGAGGAACGUAGUCUGGUGUUGAACAGGAGAAUGGUUGGAGGCAUCGCUCAGGAGAUCGAUGCUAGAUCUGAGAUCCUCCGCAUCGAGAAGGAGCUAGAAGAAGCCAGAGGGCGCCUCAACGCGAUCCGGCAGGCCAAGUACAAGAUGCGCGGCGCAGAGACCUCGGGAGACGAGACGGACACGGAUGUUACUCUCGGCAGGGCACCCGUCAGGCCCCGCACGCCAAACAGCAGCUACAUGAACACAACAUACAGUCCCAACAGCACCUACUCUCCUCACAACAACAUAAACCAACAUAUCUCCAACCUAGACCACUCCAUACACGGCCCCGCUAGCCCUGGCUACCAAGGCUAUCCAACCAGUCCAGGGUACCAAAAUCAUGAUCAAAAUAUCCAUCCUACCAGUCCUGGAUAUACCCAAACUCAUGGUCAAAAUAUUCAUCCUACCAGUCCUGGAUAUACCCAAACUCAUGGUCAAAAUAUCCAUCCUACCAGUCCUGGAUAUACCCAAACUCAUGGUCAAAAUAUCCAUCCUACCAGUCCUGGAUAUACCCAAACGCAUGGUCAAAAUAUCCACCCCAGUCCAGGAUAUAAUCAAAAUAUCCACUCAAGCACAGGCUACAACCAAAACACAAGCUACAACCAGCAAAACGUCUCUCACACGACACAAUCGAGCAACGGAUAUAACACGCUGGAGAGGAAACACGACGAGAAACAGUACACGGUGCAGAGCCCGACGUUCUCGAGCUUCCGGCCGCAGGAGGAGCCCAAGCAGAACUACGAGGGGUUCACUACUCGAAGCAGAAAUGACAGAACGAUGCCGAGCAUGGACGAAACGAUAACCGUGCGAUCGCUGCAACUGCCCCAAGUCCGGACGGCCGUGCUCGUGGGCCCGGACCCGGACGGCCACAGGAGGGAGGGAGACAGGAUAUAUUACAAGAGGGAGAAGCCGCCGCCGCCGCCGCGCCGCGCCUCGUUGUUAAAUUACGAAACGAGACUCUACGAUACUCCGCGCAGCGAAUACUCCAAGACAGAAGAACAGAGACAAUACGAAUCCAACAUCUUUAAGAAAGAAUUCGGAUACGACGCACCAAAACUGAGUCCUCUAAGCCCUAAAUUCAACGCCAGAGACCUCAAGUUCGAUGAUAAAGAACAUAUUUAUUCGACGCUUAAAAAACCCGCGAAUUUCGAUGGCGUCGGACAAAGCUUUUCCGAACAUCAGAAGUCCACCGAAGCUAUCCCGGGCGGCACUAAACAGACAGAAUUCACUGUUAAAAGCGAAUCUUAUCAGAGCUAUCCCAAAACAGAAUUCAUAAAAACAGAAACUACAAAGUCACCGUUUGUAACCUCAACGCCGUCUAAGUUUGAAAAGUCGGAUUAUCACCAAGAAUUUAAACAAACUUCCACAGAUCUUGUAAAAGCUGCCACACCAGACUACGAAAGAAUAUCUUCGCCUUACGGGAAAGAGGUCCAUAGCUACGGAGGUCCGAAUUACACGGAGGAAACUAUGACUGAAGUUAAAGAUAUACCUAACGGAACUCAAAAGGUCACUACCACUAAAAUAUACAGCUCUUCACCAGUAAACUUAACUACCACAAACACUAAAUAUGAGCCAGUCAAAUUGGAAGGGAUCGACGAAUUAUCUAAGUCUUUUGAUAACGAUAGCCGUUACAGCACUUUGGACUCUAGAUUCAACACAUUAGAGUCCAAAUUAAGCUCGGACACGAGUCGCUCGUUCAUGAGGCCUUCUGACUUCAAAACAGAGGGCCAUUCGGUGAAAAAGGACCUCUCGAAAGAGAUAGACAACUUGGACAAGAAGUUCUCAAAGUCGACGAUAAGUUCGCAGACCAUUGAGAGAAAGAGUGUCAUGACAAGUUCACACAAGUCGGAAACAAGUUCCACUGUUACGAAGAAGUUUGGAAACAUUUAAAG